AUGAGGUUAUUAGCCCUAGGGCUCGCCGCUUUGGCGUCGGCCCAGCACCCCUGGAGCCCAAAAAAUAAGGACCAGGACGUGGACCUCGCCGCGGACGAGGAGCGCGUCUACGAGACGUUCUUCGACUCCGUCGUCAUCCCCGCCCGCGACGCCGUCAAGGAGAAGCUGGCCGAGCCCAUCACCGUCGGCGCGUCGAACGCGUCGGAGAUCGCGAACCUCGAGUGCGCCGCCGACGCGCUGACGACGCGCAUCGUCAAGGCGGACCGCAAGAUCGUCAUCGUCGGCGGCGGGCCCGCGGGCCUCAGCGCGGCCGUCUACGCGGCGCGCGCGGACAUGGCGCCCCUCAUCGUCGCGCGCGACGGCGGCCAGCUCGAGGGCACGUCGAGCGUGCACAACUACCCGGGCUUCGAGGACGGCGUCGACGCCGUGGAGCUGAUCCAGCGCCUCGAGAAGCAGGCGGCGCGCUUCGGCGCGGACUACAAACACUGCGGCAUCGAGCGCGUCGACCUGUCGUGCCGGCCCUUCAAGAUCUACUGCGAGGACGGGGAGGUGUUCACGACGUCGGCCUUGGUCGUGGCCACGGGCGCGUCGCCGCGCUGGCUCGGCGCGCCGGGCGAGCGCGAGCUCCUCUCCAGGGGCGUGCACACGUGCGCGACGUGCGACGGCUACUUCUACCGCGACCGGGACGUCGUGGUGGUCGGCGGCGGCGACACGGCCAUGGAGCAGGCCCUCUUCCUCGCGCGCAUCGCGAACCGCGUCUACGUCGUGCACCGCAAGAACAGCUUCCGCGCGUCGAAGGCGAUGGCGACGCGCGUCUUGAAGCACCCGAAGAUCCUCAUCCUCUGGGACACGGUGAUCUCGCGCUUCCUCGCGGGCGACGACGGCAACCUGAACGCCGUCGAGCUCGUCACGGACCCCCAGGGCGGCACGGCGAGCGAGACGUCGCUGUCGGUCGACGGCGCGUUCGUGGCCAUCGGCAUGAACCCGAACACGGAGCUCUUCACGGAGGUCCGCAAGGACGAGGACGGCUACAUCUACACGCUCCCGGGCUCCACCGUGACCUCCGUGACGGGCGUCUACGCCGCGGGCGACGUCCAGGACGCCGUCUACCGCCAGGCGAUCACGUCCGCGGGCACGGGCGCCAUGGCCGCCAUGGACGCGGAGCGAUGGCUCUGCGAGCACGGCUGCUAG